AUGUCUACUGGUCAACAGUCUCGACUUAUGAAAAUGGCUAUGUCUGCCUUGUCCGCAGCCAUCUUCGUACUUGCUAUCCUCGCAUUCUUGGUCGUUGACGUCUAUCACCGUACUCGUCGAGCUUGUUCCGCUGUUGGCGACGAAAUGACCUUCAGAAAUUACAUUGUUCAACUUGUUACACGUCGUCAGCCCUAUCAAGACAUGUCUACCGGUGGCCGAGCCAGGCAAGACUACUACUACACAUGGCAGAUUCCGCGAAUGAUCCGCGUUCAUAUGGAAGACGCUACAAUGGUUGCCAUUUACAUCCUAGCUUUCUUGGCCGUUUGCGUCUUCUUUGGUAUCUGGCUCGUCCAGUACUGGACUGUCAGAUGGUUCUUAGGCUGA